AACCUGCCAUGUGACCCACCUAUCCCGCUCCUAGGAAUAAACCCAAUAGAAUUGAAAAGGGCAUAUGAAAAGGGAAUCUAUAAUGUUAUAUUUGCAGCAGCACAAUCCACAAUAGCAAAGACAUGGAGUUAGGAUAGCUUUUAUAGGAUGUAGCUGUAUGGUAAAUUGAGGAGCAUCUGACAUGUGAUCAAUUAAUUGCCAUAGCAUUUCAAGUAGCCUGUCUAGACAGGUUGGUAGAACAAAUAUCACAAGGUAUAGUUAAUUCUCUAAUGGAUUUGCUGCUGGCAAUCGCUAUAUCACUCAACAUGAGUGAUCUUUUCAAACCUGAGUGGCCAGAAGACCUUUAAGGGACAUGGGUCUGUGCUGCCCCUUGAAACACAGGGGAGGAUGAAAAGGUGGGGUACACCUGUUUGGUGUAAGCAGUGAUCUUGUGAGGGAACAAUGUGAGGAAGAUAGGAUGUGAAUGCCAGCUAGUGGCAAAAAGCAAAAGGCACUGCUAGGCAACUAGACACCUUUUGUGGUUAAAUUAGCCGGGCAAGGAAGGAGCUGUUUCUGGCUGAUCAGCAAAUACGGUAAAUUACUGGGGGGAAGGCUGCUGCCACAUCUUGCCCCUGUCCCUUGAUAAUGCAGGUGAUCUGGCACUAACCUGUACUUUGUGUUUUAUGUACAGUGGAGAGGCGGGAAAGAACAGGAGGGCCUGGUAACCAAGCUGGAGCUUACAUCAUUCCCACAAGGACACUCUUGUUUGUCAGUACUUAAAGCCCCUCUGCUUUUACUCUGUUUGCUGAUAACAUGUCACUGAAAAAUCAGCCCCGAGUGAACACCUCUGCGCUGCAGAAAAUCGCUGCCGACAUGAGCAAUCUGAUAGAAAACCUCGACUCGCGGGAGCUCCACUUCGAGGGAGAGGAGGUGGAAUGCGACCUGUCUCCCAGCGAUCCAAAGGCACAGGAAGGGAUGAUCCCUUUCUCUGCGAUUUAUAACACUCAAGGAUUUAAGGAGCCUAACAUCCAGACGUAUCUCUCUGGCUGUGCCGUCAAAGCGCAAGUCCUGGAAGUGGAGCGCUUCACCUCUACCUCAAAGGUGCCAAGUAUCAAUCUCUACACCAUCGAAUUGACACAUGGGGAAUUUAAAUGGCAGGUUAAGAGGAAGUACAAGCACUUCCAAGAGUUUCACAGAGAGUUGGUCAAGUACAAAGCCUUCAUCCGAAUUCCCAUCCCCACCAAAAGGCACACAUUUAGAAGACAGAACGUUAAAGGAGAGGAGCCUCGGAAUAUGCCCAGUUUGCCCCGGACAUCUGAAGACAUGAGAGAAGAGCAGUACUUCGGUAGGAGGAAACAACUGGAAGAUUACUUGGCAAAGAUACUGAAAAUGCCCAUGUAUAAGAAUUAUCAUGCAACAACAGAAUUUCUUGAUAUAAGCCAGCUGUCGUUCAUCCAUGACUUGGGACCAAAGGGCAUAGAAGGUAUGAUAAUGAAAAGAUCUGGAGGACACAGAAUCCCAGGUUUGAACUGCUGUGGUCAUGGAAGGGCCUGCUACCGUUGGUCCAAAAGGUGGUUAAUCGUGAAAGAUUCCUUCUUAAUGUAUAUGAAACCCGACAGUGGGGCGAUUGCGUUUGUGCUGCUGGUUGAUAAAGAAUUCAGAAUUAAGGUGGGCAGAAAAGAGACCGAAACAAAAUAUGGACUCCGGAUUGAUAAUCUUUCAAGGACCCUUAUUUUGAAAUGCAACAGCUACAGACAUGCUCGGUGGUGGGGAGGGGCAAUAGAAGAGUUCAUCCAGAAACAUGGCACCAACUAUCUCAAAGAUCAUCGAUUUGGUUCUUAUGCUGCUAUCCAAGAUAACACAUUAACUAAAUGGUAUGUUAAUGCCAAAGGAUAUUUCGAAGAUGUGGCAAAUGCAAUGGAAGAGGCAAAGGAAGAGAUUUUUAUCACGGAUUGGUGGUUGAGUCCAGAAAUCUUCCUGAAACGCCCCGUAGUGGAAGGAAAUCGGUGGAGGCUGGACUGUGUUCUGAAACGAAAAGCACAACAAGGAGUGAGGAUCUUCAUUAUGCUCUACAAAGAAGUCGAACUUGCUCUUGGAAUCAAUAGUGAAUACAGCAAGAGGACAUUAAUGCAUCUACACCCCAAUAUCAAGGUGAUGCGGCAUCCAGAUCACGUGUCAUCCAGUGUCUAUCUGUGGGCUCAUCAUGAGAAACUCGUCAUCAUCGACCAGUCGGUGGCCUUCGUGGGUGGGAUUGACCUGGCCUACGGAAGGUGGGAUGACAAUGAACAUAGACUCACAGACGUGGGCAGCGUGAAACGUGUUAUUUCAGGACCGUCUCUGGGGUCCCUCACGGCUGCCACCAUAGGAUCUAUGGAGUCCUUAACCCUCAAAGAUAAAAAUCAACCCAACAAGGAUAUGCCACCCAGGAAGAGCUUGGAUGAUGUGGAUUCAAAACUGAAAGGGGUCGGCAAGCCAAGAAGGUUCUCCAAGUUUAGCCUCUAUAGGCAGCUACACAAACAUCCGCUACACAACUCCGACAGCCUCAGCAGUAUUGAGAGUGCCUCCAGUUAUUUUAAUCACUAUAGAAGCCAUCAGAAUUUAAUCCAUGGUCUAAAACCCCACUUGAAACUCUUUGGCCUGCCCAGUGAGUCUGAGCUGGGACUCACUAGAGCUGAUGCUGACACUGGCUCCAUCCGCAGUUUACAGACUGGUGUGGGCGAGCUGCACGGGGAAACGAGGUUCUGGCAUGGGAAAGACUACUGCAACUUUGUCUUCAAAGACUGGGUCCAACUCGAUAAACCUUUCGCUGACUUCAUUGACAGGUACUCCACUCCCCGGAUGCCCUGGCACGACAUUGCCUCUGCGGUCCAUGGGAGGGCAGCUCGCGACGUCGCACGGCACUUCAUCCAGCGCUGGAACUUCACAAAGAUUAUGAAACCAAAAUAUCGGUCCCUUUCCUAUCCUUUCCUGCUGCCCAAGUCUCAGACGACAGCCCAUGAGUUGAAAUACCAAGUUCCUGGGGCUGUAAAAGCGAAGGUACAGUUGCUCCGGUCUGCUGCUGACUGGUCUGCUGGAAUCAAGUACCAUGAAGAGUCCAUCCACGCCGCUUAUGUCAAUGUGAUAGAGAACAGCAAGCACUAUAUCUAUAUUGAGAACCAGUUUUUCAUAAGCUGUGCUGAUGACAAAGUUGUGUUCAACAAGGUGGGCGAUGCCAUUGCCCAGCGGAUCCUGAAAGCACACAGGGAGAACCAGAGAUACCGGGUGUAUGUCGUGAUCCCGCUCCUGCCAGGAUUUGAAGGAGACAUCUCCACUGGUGGAGGAAACGCUCUGCAGGCGAUAAUGCACUUCAACUACAGAACCAUGUGCAGAGGAGAAAAUUCAAUCCUUGGACAAUUAAAAGCAGAACUUGGUAACCAGUGGAUAAACUACAUAUCAUUCUGCGGCCUCAGAACACAUGCUGAGCUGGAAGGAAACCUGGUCACUGAACUGAUCUAUGUCCACAGCAAGUUGCUAAUUGCUGAUGACAACACUGUUAUUAUUGGCUCAGCCAACAUAAAUGACCGAAGCAUGCUGGGUAAGCGGGACAGUGAAAUGGCUAUCAUUGUCCAGGACACCGAGACGAUGCCUUCUGUCAUGGAUGGGGAAGACUACCAGGCCGGCUGCUUUGCACUUGGCCUUCGGCUACAGUGCUUCAGGCUUGUACUGGGCUAUCUCUCUGAUCCCUCAGAGGACAUCCAGGAUCCAGUGAGUGACAGAUUCUUCAAGGAAGUGUGGGUCUCAACAGCAGCACGGAAUGCUACAAUUUAUGAUAAGGUGUUCCGGUGCCUCCCCAAUGACGAAGUACACAACUUAAUUCAGCUGAGAGACUUCAUAACCAAGCCUAUAUUAGCAAAAGAAGACCCCAUUAGAGCUGAAGAAGAACUGAAAAAGAUCCGUGGCUUCCUGGUGCAAUUCCCCUUUUAUUUCCUGUCUGAAGAAAGUUUGUUGCCUUCUGUUGGAACCAAAGAAGCCAUUGUGCCUAUGGAGGUUUGGACUUAAAAAUAGUACCCGUUUGCAGCUUAACAGCUUCACCCUGAAAAUCACACUGUGGACAGUACCUUCAUGUGGACCUCACAGCCGAAGCUAUGCCCGAUACACUCCUGUACGCCACCCAUGGACCCACUGGAACGGCUGGGAAAGGUUACCGUCGUACUGAGGGGAGGACAGUGAAUGUCAGCGUGGCUUCAUCAUUCCUCUUACCUGUGAAAAGGGCUGCGUUCUUGUUGGUGACAUGUACCCAGCACCUCAAAACACACUACCAAAUUGCAGGGCAUAGACCAAAACUCAUAUCUCCUGUUCUAACAAGAAUUUAUCUGUAACUGUGACCCAAGUCACCAAAAGUUGUCUCAAUCUCCUGUUCUCUUUCAUUUCUGCAACCACUCUCUGCUGGAUGUGCCUUCAUUUCCUUCUACAUAUAGCUAUUGUUGGAAUACUGUCUGUCUGUAGAAGUCAUUCGGUUGCUGCAAGUUGCUUGGAGGUUACAUGGGAUGCUCCUGCUCGUCUGGUCCUAAAGUGGUAGCAUGCUCCCUUCCAAGGUCCUGGUCCCCUUCUCUUCACAGUUCAUUGUGAGAUUAGCUUGUGUUAGGUGCUUCUGACAACACUAGCCCUAAAUCUUCAUGCACAGAACAACAAGAAGGAGUCAAAUCCCAAUGUUAAAACAAUGAUUUCACUUUGUUCCCAAAGACACUGACAGGAUGUGGUCUUGUGAUAGGGACCACCUGAUAACAUUUGAAAACGUGUAGGAUAUUUGAUUACACAGAAAGCAGAUAAAACUCACAGGGUUUAAACCUUCAGCAACCCCCAGCGUGUCGAUGGGACCUGAUCCAGAUAACCAAAAACUCCACGUGGUCCUUGAGAUUUCCUCUCAGCCUUAGCCACUGAAUUGAUUGAAAUUUGUGUUUCUUGAUUUCACAAUCAACCUAGUGAAUACAGUUUGUGUUU